AUGGUGGUUGAGGCGAGGCAAACUUUUCAAGCCUUUGAUGAUGCUGGUUUGAGGGCGCCAGUUCGGCUUGCUUGUGGCAAAAUAGGGAAUGAUGAGAGCAACUUGGCUCAACAUGUGCAUGCCCUUGCCACAUACUGGAAGCUCUUCCGUGCGCAGUACCCCGACCACGAAAUAUUUGACAAGCUCACUGAGGAACAACUCCGACUUACCGCGUUGGAUGAAGCAAUGGACCUGCUUGCUGAUGAUUUUCUUGAUGCUAUGUCUCAGGGUGUGUUGCUUCAGAGUCACGCACAGCCUGUUGUUUUGCGGCUGGCUGUGGUUGCGGUGAAGGGCGACUGGCCCUUUCUGAUUGAGGCUGGGCACUCAGAAAGGCACUUUCGGCGAGCCCUGGAGUAUGUCACUUGUGCAUGGCUAGAGCAAUUGGAUGCAGCUACUGUGGCACGGCAUGGGCUGCUAGCGCUGAGGGCCUACAAACGCUGUGCUGUGCUGUCUGUGGAAAUGAAAGAGCCGUACGAGAAAGAAGCGGAGAACCCGGAGAAGUACAAGAAAACUUAA